UCUUCUCCUCACCGCUAUAUAUAAGUCUCUGAUCCUGAGCUAUUUCACAGGAUUGCAUCGAUCAGAGAAAAGAUUACUAGGGUUUUUGGCGAUUGCUCUUGUAAAGCUGACGAUCAGGUAGUAACAGAAGAUCUGCGCAAUGGCAAAGGAAGCCUCCAAUGGAGAGCACAAACCAAAGCCGCCUCCAACUCCAUCUCCUUUGCGGAACUCCAAAUUUUUUCAGUCUAAUAUGAGAAUUUUGGUAACUGGAGGUGCUGGAUUCAUUGGCUCUCACCUCGUGGAUAGAUUGAUGGAAAAUGAGAAAAAUGAGGUAAUUGUUGCUGAUAACUACUUCACUGGCUCAAAGGACAACCUAAGGAAAUGGAUUGGCCAUCCUAGAUUUGAGAUUAUUCGCCAUGAUGUCACGGAACCAUUAUUGGUUGAGGUUGAUAAGAUAUACCAUCUUGCUUGCCCUGCUUCCCCAAUUUUUUACAAACACAAUCCUGUAAAGACAAUAAAAACAAAUGUGAUUGGCACAUUGAACAUGUUGGGACUCGCCAAGCGCGUUGGAGCGAGGAUUUUGCUGACUUCAACUUCUGAGGUUUAUGGAGAUCCUCUUGAGCACCCACAGACAGAAUCAUAUUGGGGCAAUGUUAACCCAAUUGGAGUCAGGAGUUGCUAUGAUGAGGGGAAACGUGUAGCAGAGACUUUGAUGUUUGAUUAUCAUCGGCAACAUGGGAUAGAAAUACGCAUUGCUAGGAUCUUUAAUACGUAUGGGCCUCGCAUGAAUAUUGAUGAUGGGCGUGUUGUCAGCAAUUUCAUAGCUCAAGCACUUCGAGGUGAACCCUUGACAGUUCAAGCGCCAGGAACACAGACACGAAGUUUCUGUUAUGUAUCUGAUAUGGUUGAUGGUCUUAUCCGACUCAUGGAAGGAGCUAACACUGGGCCGAUCAACUUAGGGAACCCAGGUGAAUUUACAAUGAUGGAACUCGCAGAGACAGUGAAGGAGCUAAUUGAUCCCAAUGUCAAGGUGACAGUUGUGGAGAACACUCCCGAUGAUCCACGCCAGCGGAAACCAGACAUUACAAAGGCAAAAGAGUUGCUUGGCUGGGAACCCAAGAUUACAUUGCGCGAGGGCCUGCCCCUCAUGGAAGAGGAUUUCCGGAGUAGGCUUGGAGUUCCCAAAAAGUAGAUAGCAGCCUGUGUGGUGUUGCAAUGGGGAGACCUCCCAAC